AUGAAAUUUGGGAAAGAGUUCAAGACCCAUUUGGAAGAAACCAUCCCAGAGUGGAGGGACAAGUUCCUCUGCUACAAACCAUUGAAGAAACUCCUCAAACACCACCUUCCUUCAACCACUACCACCCGCACCACCCCUCCCAUCAACCUCCCUCUUCACCUUCUCCAACAACCCUCUUCCCCACAACUCUUGCAGGCUUGGUUCGUUAGGAUUCUCAAUGAAGAGCUUGAAAAGUUCAAUGAUUUUUAUGUGGACAAAGAGGAAGAGUUCGUUAUCCGCUUCCAGGAGCUGAAAGAGAGACUAGAGCGUCUUAAAGAUAAAAGCAGCCAGAGAGAAAUGUACACAUCUGACUGUGAAUUCAGUGAAGAAAUGAUGGACAUCAGGAGGGACUUGGUUACUAUCCAUGGAGAGAUGGUACUCCUCAAGAACUACAGUUCCUUAAACUUUGCAGGACUAAUUAAAAUUUUAAAGAAGUAUGACAAAAGAACUGGAGGGUUGUUGCGUCUUCCUUUUACACAAUUUGUUCUUCGUCAACCAUUUUUCACCACCGAGUCCCUCACAAGAUUAGUUCGUGAAUGUGAGGAAAAUCUAGAACUGCUGUUUCCCCUUCAAGCAGAAGUAAUCCAAUCUAUUCCCCCUCCAGAAAAUCCGGCUAGACCACCAGUAGAUAGCGCCCCCAAUGCCUUACCUGAACCAUCCUCAACUCUUGGGGAGGAAACCAUGUACAUAUACCGUAGCACUCUUGCUGCUAUGAGAGCCAUAAAGGGUCUUCAGAAAGCAAGCUCCACUUCCAAUCCGUUUUCCUUUUCUUCCCUCUUUAGCAACCAAGAUGGUGAUGGUACUGGUGCUAUAACAGCUGAAAACUCAGCAGCAAAUUCUCCAGUGACAUUGCUGAAUGAAGAAAGCAUUGCCAAAGAGGGAGGAGCCGAUUCUGUGUAG